CAGAUGUGGGACUGAGCUUGAUCAUGUAGGUCUUGAAGGCUGGGUGCAUACUGAAUACUGAAUCACUUUGUGACUUUCAGCGGGCAUGUACCACGACGAUGGGCACCACUGGUUUUAUAACCCGUGAUCUGUUAUUCAGAGGGGGGGAAAAAAGAGAUGCGCACUGCUUAGCGACCUCUGUCUCGCUUGAUGAAACAAGGAGAAGUAUGUGUGUUGUCGGAGGGCGUAGAACGCUCUGUGUCCUAAGAAGCACAGUGGAUGCCUGACUUCCUGGUUCCUGAAGCCCCGCUGCACUGGCCUAUCACAGGGCUGGAAUAUUCUGACAAGGGAUCCAAUCCUGAUGCAGCCACCCACCUCUGACAAACCCCUGCCCUUACAUAUACUGUUUACUAUACUCUGUACUCUUUACUAUACUUUUAGUAAAUACCUCCUUAUUAGUCAAGUUACUUUGUUGGUAGACGUGGCAGUUUUCUCUUGUGUACCUUUAACAAUGUGAGGCCUUUUGUGCCCUGGUUCCCCUUGGUCCCCGGGUCAAGCUCGCCUCAAGAUUUGCAGAACUGUUCUAUCCAGCUUUUUCUCAGUAUGGACUCAGUGUAUACUCCUGGCCGAGGACCUCUAUGUUCAAGUAACCAUUGAUGAUUGUUUAUAGGAAGGAACACGGAUAUAAUAUGGAUUUGAGGGCGGGAACAUUGUUCAGCAUCAUCUGGAUGGUUCGGUUCUGGACAUCCAGCUUCAUGUCCGGAGGGAGAUGUUCCAUAAAGAUCUAGAAUAUGAACCCAUCGGUUCUCUGAUGAUUCGCCUCUGCUGUGGCUCUUGAUUUUCAACACACAAGGAGGUAACUUGUAGACCCACGACAGAGACGUCGUCACUUAAAAAGACUACCAGCUUGGACCCUAUUUUCACCAUGGAGGAGAUGUCCUGCACCUGGUUCCAUUCAGAAAAACAACACUUUACUGUUUGACCUUGGACCCCGACAGCUUUGACCGUUCCUCACUUUCUACUUCUAAAACACCAACCCAGAUCAGAUAGGAGCAGGGGGAACACCACAGCAGGAGGUGGAAGGGGGGGGGGUGUAGGGAGUCCUGGGCUCUGGGCGGCGGCGUGGCAUGGCGGAGCACAGCGAGCUGCUCGGCGAGAUGGCCACGGUCGUACGUCUGACCGCCACUGAGCGCCUGAAGCAUGCCCAGAAGCGACGGGCCCAGCAGUUGAAGGGUUGGGCCCAAAUGGAGAAGGACACGGCCCGCGGCGCCGGCAAGGCUGGCCAGAAGGGCGACAAGACAAAAGGACGGGCGCGCAGAGUGGUCUUCCCCAACAACAUCACCCUGCUGGAGGCCGCGGCCCGGAACGACCUGGAGGAGGUGAGGGAGCUGCUGAACACUGGUGUCAAUCCAGAUCUGUACAACGAGGAUGGACUGACUGCCCUGCACCAGUGCUGCAUUGAUGAUUUCGUGGAGGUAGUCCGGUGUCUGCUGGACGCGGGCGCCAGUGUGAAUGCCUGCGACAGUGAGCUGUGGACGCCCCUCCACGCUGCCGCCACCUGUGGCCACACCGGCCUGGUGCAGAUCCUGGUUCAGUCUGGAGCAGACCUGCUGGCUGUCAACGCUGAUGGCAACAUGCCCUAUGACCUUUGUGAGGACGAGGCCACGCUGGAGCUGCUAGAGAUGGUCAUGGCAGAGCAGGGCAUUACCCAGGAUCGCAUAGACGAGUGUCGUGGGGCCAAGGAGACGGAGAUGCUGACUGACCUGCGAGUGCUCAUCCAGAGUGGAACGGCCGUGAACGCUCAGGACGACAACGGGGCCACACUGCUGCACAUCGCCUCUGCGAACGGCUACCUGUUGGUGGGGGAGCUGCUGCUGGAGCACCAGGCUGAGGUGGAGAAGAAGGACACGGACGGCUGGACGCCACUCCACGCCGCCUCCUGCUGGGGACAGGUCCAGAUGGUGGAGCUGCUGGUGGCCCACGGAGCCAGUCUGAACACCAAGUCGGUCCUGGACGAGACGCCGCUGGAUGUUUGCGCGGAUGAGGAGGUCAGAGCAAAGCUGAUGGAGCUGAAGCACAAGCACGACGCCAUAAUGAAGAGCCAGGACCGCCACAAGGGCGCCCUACAGAGACGAGCGUCCAGCGCUGGCAGCCGAGGGAAGGUGGUCCGACGGGUGAGCGUCAACGAGCGGUCCAGCCUCUACCGGCGUGAGCACCACAAGGAGGCCAUGGUGUGGCAGGAGAGAGGCCGGCAGGCGGAGGCGCAGGACGACGACGAGGACAGGCAGACGGACAACGAGCUCCACCUACAAGCCGCCAUGGCGGCGGGGGCCGUGUCCAGGGUGGAGGAUGGCGAGGGAUCGAGGACCAAGUUGGAGUCCAGCCUGGGGAACGGUGGGACGCCCCUGGCCCUGUCUGCAUCCGUCCCCGGGGAGCAGUGGAGCGCGGGCCCGAUGGACCGCAGCGCCUCCUACCAGCUGAGCCCAGCGUCAGGGUCUGCCGACGCGGAGGUUGGGGACAGCAUGACCCGGGAGAAAUCCCACCAGACUCUAGCGGACCUGAAACGCCAGCGGGCCGCGGCAAAGCUCAACAAGUACCCAGCCCCACCCCCACCUCUGCCCCCUCCCUCCGAGGAGGAGCCCCCGGCUCCCGCACCCCUGCAGGAGGCGACCCCCUCUCUGGCUGCCCAGGAGACCCCGAGCACAGAGGAGUUGACUCCCCCCAGCACAGUGUACUUUACCCCAGCCAGCGGGGACCCACCUCUGCUCAAACUACGAGCCCCGGAGGAGGACCCCUCCAACAACACCAAGGAGCCCUGCUGUCGACUCAUGUAGAUGCGCACACACACACACACACACACCACCGUUCCGGAGUGGGCGAUGUGGAACACUCCAAUGUGGCAAAACUACUUCCUGAGUUUGAUUCAUUAGAAGCUUAUUAUUUGGUUGCAUUUUGCGCCAUGUUUCAUCAGUGACAUGCCAUUGAAUAUUUGGUCUACAGUAUAUUUUAGUAACCGUAGUUACAGUCCCUGCAUGCUUUUUAUUUAAACUCUGACUUUGAGAACAAGUGUAAAACAACGGUCUUGUAUAAAAUCUGUUAAUCAUUUCCUGUGGGCUUUUAUCAAUUGGGGGAACAUGCGUCCUAUGUCCUCUCUUCUCCGCAACCUGGAAACUGUAAUUCCGGGGUUGAGGAUUGUGUCCUUUCAAUAGGUGUCCUGCCCUCCUCGAUGGACACCAUUCUUGAAGUCUGCCACACCCCUUUGGUAAAAAAGUUUAGAAACCAUAUGCUACUUAUCGCCUUUCAGAUAUCUCGCACAACAUUGUUUGUUUUUAACACUUUAUUUUGGGGUCUGCCCCAGCUGUAAUUUGCUUGAUCCCGCGUGAGUGGAGAAGGGCCGUCUCGUACAAGCCCACUGUCAUCCAUGUUGCUUCUCCUGGACCCUCAAAAUGUUUUUAAAAGGCGCCCCGAAGGGACAGUGAGGAGAGGAUUCAGGAGGUCUGGACAAGGCCAAUAGUCGAGGCCUUAAAUCUACCAGCCUUUUCCAAUGUUCUUUAGGAGAGUGACAUGGUAAGACCAGUAUAUGGUAAAUUUAUAUUGCUAAAUGGCUAUAUAUAUAGCUCUGCUGACUGGACCUCAAUGAGAUCUUUUAUGUGGCCACGUAGUGGAUCAUAAGAGACCAGUUGUGUUGUACUGGUCGGUACAGUCCCAUUUAUGUUUGCUUUGGGGCAGUUUGAGAGAUUAUGUUCUCACAUAUCAAUCACAUAUAUCAAUAUAACAAUUACAGAUUACUUGAUUUAUUAAGACCAGAAUGGAUUGUGACUGAUUAGAAAUGUUGUGUGAUUGAUGCAAAAGGGUACAUGGUAUUCAUUUAUUUAUCUUAUUUAUUAUGUUCCAGGCACACACUAGUCUGUCGGUUGACAAGGGUACAUGUGUGGGAGGUUAUUUUUGUUUGUUUUAAUUUGCAUCAGAUUUACAUUUGUGUACAGGUGCUAUUUGGCCUGUGUUUUUCCUGAUCAGCAUUCCAUAUGACUCUAAAAAAGAUUUUGUCUUAUUAUUUUGUAAAUCAAUUUAAAUCAAGCCUACAUUUUGAUAUGUAACUGAGCAAUGAAUAUGUUUUUGAUCAUUGAGAUCUGAUUUAAAUUAAUAUAAUGGUGUUUACUUGCAUUUCAAUUUAUAUCAUUCCUGUGCUCUCUGUGUAGGCAGCUGACUGAUUUCAACCAUUCCUUCAAAAUUAACCAUUCUUAACUUGAAACCGGAAGCUACAUUGUUGUUGUCUUAAUAAAAUGAAGGAACAACAUUAGAACGACUGGCAGAAAGUUUCUUGUCUUAACGUAGAAAACGUUUUUGGGCGAGGUUGUUGUUUAUCAUCAUUGAGUGCCUUCAAUAGGGUUUUUAUAUUAAAGAUAGUUUGCAUGGCUUUCAUUGCUUGCACAGAGUUCCAGGUUGUGGAUUUCUGAUUCAUAUGGAGUAUGAAACUAGCGGAUGACCUUAUUAAAUGUAUCAUUAAAAUGACUCCUUCCCCAGUGGACCUGGGUUCACAAUUACUCAUUUCCACGUCGCUGUGUGGACCAUGAUUUGUAUCGCGCUUGUCUGUUUAGAAACGUCAUGUUUUCAUGGAUGAUUUUUGUAUUGAUGUAUUUUAUUUUUUAAUCCGAAGUGGGUUUAGAUUAGUUGUGUGGACACCGUCCUUUAUUUGUAUACCCGAGGAGCCGGGCUGAUAGUCGGCUUCCUCUCUUAAUAUUCAGCAUUGUACAAUGUGUCCACCUGCCACAAAUGUACCUUAAACCAAUUAGGGGGACACUGGGAAGGAGAACCGUGCUGCUCUGGAUUGAUGUCAGUUGACUCUUGUGUACAUGUAUAUGAAAGUGGUUUAGUAAAUUAAUGAUUGAUGGUUUA